CCGACACACACACUCGCCAUCAGCGGGACACACAGCCCAGCACCGUGGACCGGGGAGACACUCUCCUGGAGCCGUUCCUGCGAUAUUCUUGUCCUGUGCUGCAUGAAUGCACCGCGACAUUUCUGUACGUCAACGCCGACAGUUUGAGGUGGGCUGGCUGCAGUGAUGUCCAAAUCCACAAAACCAGCCUCCAAGUCGUGGUCUCGCUCAAGGUCCCGGUCCAGAUCCCGCUCCACCUCUCGCUCCAGAAGUCACUCCAGAUCAAGGUCCAGGAAGCAUCGCUACAGCUCUAGGUCUCGGUCACGAUCACGAUCUCAUUCUCCGUCUCAUAACCGGGACAAGAAAUAUCCAAGGGGAUACCAAAACAACCGCGAGUUCCGGGGCUACCACCGCGGCUUCCGGAGGCCCUACUACCUAAGGGGCCGUGGGCGGGGCUACUUCCCACGUGGACGGUACCAGCGUGGGGGUGGUGGUGGUGGCUACAACAAUAACUUCCGAUCCAACUGGAAGAACCACAGACAGCAUCCACAACAACAGCACCAGCAACAGCAGCAGCAGCAAAACCAAAACCAUUUGCGAGAACGCUCGCCCAGCCCCAGGAAACGCUCGGGAAGCCCUGUCCCUUACAGCCACUCUCAGCAGUAUGACCGCUCUGCUUCACCUGUAUCCAGACACUCCCAACAUUCUUCCUCAUCCUCGCACUCCUCCUCUCCCAAAUACAAGUCAGCCUUGGGGCUGGCUAAACUGAACUCCAAAGAUGUGAAAGAGGAGCAGUCAGCCUCCAAGGAGGUCCAGGGAGGAGGAGGAGGAGGAGGAGAUGGGGAGUCAGAGCUCACGGAGGUGUCAGCAGGAGGUGUCAAAGAAGGCUCAGCUGGCGGAAAACCUGCAGGGAACUGGCAGUGCCUAACAGAUUACAACAACAGUCCUGUGGCAUGCUCAGCUGUUAAUGCAGGUCAAAACACCCAAACUAAUAAUCAGUCUAGUCCGUCCCUUAAAAACACCAUCGACGUCAGCAAUGGUUCCCCCUCUUGGCAGAUUGUGGGUAGCUCAUCCUCUACCAAAAACCCCUCAGAGGAAAGCCCCACAUCUAUGCUUUCCAGUUUGGGCUUCUUCUCCAAAGAAGACUUGGAUGGAGAUAAAGCAGCAAUCUCCAUUGCCUUCAAAAAGUUUUUGGUGGAGCACAAUAAUAAGAAAGCAAAAUCUGCUUUGGAAAAUAGCAAGAACAUGGAAGCAAAUGAUGUGGAUGUGGCACAAGCGAAAGCAAAUGGCAAGGUCUCUGCGGCUAUCUCUGACUCAGUGUCAAGAAAAUACAAAGAGGACUGUGAUGGUGAUGUGUCUUUGAACAGCUUUUUGAAAGCUUCUCCUUUUCUGUCCGCUGACGGGGAGGAAGAAGAGGAGAUGACAAUCAAACCCCAUUCACCUCAGAAAGAUUGGCACAAUGGGGAUGAGUGCUCCAAGCCAAAGAGCAAGGUCACUCGCUCAGCCCGUGAGCUAUUUGAAGAGCGCUUUAGCAAGUGGGAGAGUUUGGCCUACCCACAGGUUGCUAAAAACAGUGACCUCGAUGCCAUGGCAGAAGAGAUAUACCUCAGCCGUAAGCAGGACAAAGCGGCUGCCAUCGCUGCUGCCCUUACCAAGAGGGAGAUGGCAGGAAUGCUUGAGGAUCUCUCCCCAGAGAGAGGUUGCAAUGCCAGGAGGAUGGCAAAAUCUGCUUCUAGCCCGUCUCCUACACCACCAGCAAGGAGAAAGUCUGACAGGGAGAUGUACAGGGCAGAGGACUCACCUCUCAAGGCCUCAAGGAAAAGGGAAGCAAAAUUUAAUGUUAGAAUGGAUUUUCUUGGUGAUAUCCUGACAAGCUCCUCAGAUGUUUUGGCUGAAGAGCGCCAAUUAUCUCAGGAUCUUGUGCAAUCCUCAAAAAAGGAUCAGGAGUUUCGCUCCAUCUUUCAGCACGUUAAGAAUACUCAGUUACAGAGGAGUCCCUCUGAGCUCUUUGCUCAACACAUUGUAGCCAUCGUUCACCACAUUAAAGCCCAGCACUUUCCACCCUCUGGAAUGACUCUAAACGAGCGAUUCGCCAUGUACCAAAGACGAGCCGCCGAGAAGGAAAUGAUGAAGCCGAGAAAAAGUCCAGAGAUACACAGGAGAAUUGAUGUUUCACCGAGUGCUUUUAAGAAACACUCUCAACUUUUUGAGGCGAUGAAAGGCUCUGAGGAUGGCAGUUACAAGGACGGUGGGGAAAAAAUGAAGGGUGAUUCAAUGGACCUGCGUUUGGAUAUUGAACGGCGUAAAAGAUACUCUGCCCAUGAAAGAGAUUAUAAUCAGGAUGAGGGGAGAGAUAUGGGAGAUUCCCCAGAUUCUAGUACUGAGAGAUCUGUGGAAAAGCCCUCCAAGCGCCACAAGAAAUCAAAGAAAAGUAAGAAGAAACGGUCUCGCUCCAGUUCAUCCUCCUCUUCCUCAUCCUCUAACUCCCACAAGGAAGAAGAUUUCCCCCUUGAUAAAUUAGAUGCCAAAGAUGUGGGCUUUAACAAAGCCCGAUUGGGUCCGAGGGACUCGAGUGCAUCUGUUGAGAGAGGAAGACCUCGUGGAGGAUUUCAAUUCAGAAUUCGAGGAAGGGCGUGGAACAGAGGGAAUUAUCAGGGAAAUGGUUCACAUAGUAACCCUGUGAACAUACCAGUACACAUGAAGAAUGAGGACUGGGACCCGGAGUACACUCCUAAGAGCAAAAAAUACUACUUGCAUGAUGACAGAGACAGGGAGGCAGAAGGAAAAUGGCUGGAUAACCGAGGCCGUGGACGGGGAAGCUUCCUGCGUGGCAGGGCACGGUUUACCAUCCGCAGAGACAACGGCAAGAGCCCCAAAUGGGCCCAUGAUAAGUUCAAUGGGGAGCAAGGUGACGCACAGGAAGACGACGCCGAGCAGGACCAUAAAGAGGGUGAAAUCGAUGGAGACGCAGAGAAUACUUGAGCGGCGAAGCAGUUUGCUGAGAAUCCUGAUAAUCCUCUGUAUCAUUAUGGAAUCCUGCUCGGUGAUUUUAUCCACCUUAAAGGAUGGAUACCUGGGAAAUGAAAGGUUUUUGAGAAUCAGCUGUUGUUGCGAAUAUUGAAAACCUUCACGCUGUCAUUUCAGUGCACUCUCUUUGACUUGAUACAACUGUUAUCCAUGCCAUGGUACAACUUCGAUCUAACAGAAGCACUGCUAAAAGGUGAACUGGUGUUUUUUUCAAAUAAUAUACAGUCUAACAAUACAUCACCUGUCUUUUUUCCUUUAUGGUAAAUUCAGCCUUCUUUGAAUUUUGGUAACAUGUCCACUUUCAUAAUGGUGAUGAUUAAAAAUAACCCCUUAAUAGUGCUUGUGUAUUUUGAAGUAGCAGGAGGAAAUCCCAUGCCGUAAAUCACGGCAGUAUGUGCCUUAGAUAUGUGCAAAUUAAAAGUGGCUCAUUAUGAGUAGGUUACCUGGAAAACACUGCUGUAGUAAUAAGUGCUGCAUUAAAAAAAAAAAAAAAAA